AUGGCGGGGUUUGUGGUAGACCACCAGACGAUCUCAGAGCUUAGGUUGGCCACCAAAGAAUGUGCAGAACGUGGGCUACUAGUCGCGUCCAAGUGGGCCUCCGAACUACUAUUAUCUAUUCCUCACCACAAACGGACGACGGCUGCUAUGGCUUCGAUGACAUUCUCCACAUCGACACCCGCAAGGCCAAGGUCACCGCUGCCAACGCUUGGGUUUGAAUAUUCGCCAAUACCCGCUCCGGCGACCGCGCAUCUUGUUGCAGAUCCCGACAAGCCUUCUGAGACACUGUAUCUUCCCCAAUCCAAGGAGGAGAUAAUUCUGCAAGUGCAGCUUGAAGCGCAAGAACAGGACGCGAUCACAUCAUCGCGUACACUCAUGGAUCAACGCGAAUUUAUGCGCGCUGUACACCUACUGGAGGAAUGCAAAAGCCCCAAGGCUCGGUUUAUAAGGAUAUACUGUAAAUUUAUCGCAAGUGAGAAGGACUCUCUGCGGAGUUGGCACAAGCUAGACAAUAACCGUAAUCAACCGCCUAUACCUGUGAACAAAACCAUCAAUUCUCUGUUCGAAGAGGUUCAGAGGGAUUCUGACCCGUGGUUAUUAUUUCUGAAAGCAUUAUUUCUCUCCCAACUUUCUCGGCGGCAAGCGGCCAUCGAAUCAGCUUUGUUAUCAAUAGCUGGAUUUCCCUGGAAUUGGUCUGCGUGGGUUUUACUCUCCAACUGUGUUAGAGAUGGAGACGAAUUAACCGGACUCCUGCCUUUGAUGCCACUACCAUCCAAUCAUGCUCUGGUGCACAUGUUUCAGAUCAAAACGAUGAACGAGCUGAAUAACCCGUCAGAGCAUGAGCUCGGCUUAUGCGACGCCCUUCUGACAGAAGACCUAUUCCCAAACAGUCUGUGGAUAAUGAGCCUUCGUGCGAAUUGUCUCUACAAUCUCCAUGAUUUCGGGCAGGCCGAAGCCCAGUUUGACCAAAUCCACUCCAUGGACCCUCAUCGUAUAGAUAACAUUGACAUAUUCUCGAACAUACUAUACGUGACCGACAACAGACUCAAACUCUCAAAACUUGCCCACGAAUUCCUUCGCUUAGAGAAGGACCGUCCUGAAGUGUGUUGCCUUGUUGGGAACCAUUACUCGCUGCGUGCUGAACAUGAGAAAGCAGUCAAGUAUUUCCGACGUGCUACCCAACUUGAUCGGACCUUCCUUUCUGCGUGGACGCUUAUGGGGCAUGAAUACGUGGAGAUGAAAAACUCACAUGCGGCUAUUGAAGCCUAUAGACGAGCUGUGGACGUGAACCGAAAGGACUACCGGGCUUGGUAUGGUCUUGGCCAAGCCUACGAGCUACUGAGUAUGCAUCAAUAUGCGUUGCAUUACUAUCAACACGCCACAGCGUUACGUCCCUAUGAUGUCCGACUGUGGCAAGCUCAAGGAAUGUGCUACGAAGAGAUUGGACGAUUUGGCGAGGCAAUCGAGUGCCUUAGAAGGGCGCUGCUUGGAGCUGAUCCGAACGAGAUCAUCAUAACACUCAAACUAGCCAGGCUCCACAGUUUGCUGGGUCAACGGAUUGAGUCGAUUGGAUAUCACCGACGAGUGGUCUCGAUCUGCCAAGCCACACAACGACCGGUCGCUGAUUAUGCGAAAUCUUGUUUGGAGGUCGCCGAAUUUGAGGUCAACACCUUGGGUGGCAACUUGAUGUUGGCCAAGGAAUGUGCCGAAACAGUCGCGGGAAGUAAUGCGGAAGAGGUGGGCCGGGCAUCGGACUUGCUAAAGGGCAUCAAAAUGCGAUUGCGUGACCUAGAACUCGCGGAGACUGAGGCAAGAGAAAGAGCUUACGGUAAUUUACCCCACCUUGCGGAGGCGGAAGCGAGAGCAAGAGCCCAAUAUCUGGCGCAAGUGAAUGGGGGGCACACGCCUACAGAAUAG